CGAAAAGGUGCACAUGUUGUCUCGUGCCCUGUUCCGUGCCGCUCCUCUCACGUCGGCCCUCCGGCGCAAUGCGUCUACUGCAUAUGCGUUGCCUUCGUGGGCCAAGGUGAACCCUGAGACGCUGUCUGGUGCAUCCCCUGCCGAAAUCCACAACUUGGUGAAUGGCGAGUGGGUGAGCACGAAGAAAUCCGAGGGCAUCAAGGAUCCAUUGACCGGCGAAGUGUUCUUGCAAGUGCCGCUGACGCAAAAGGACGAAUUGAAGCCGUUCAUCGACAACUUGCGCUCGACGCCCAAGCACGGGCUGCACAACCCGUUCAAGAACGUGGAACGUUACUUGUUGUACGGCGACAUCUCCCACAAAGCCGCCGCGAUGCUCCGUGAACCCCACAUCGAGCACUACUUCAUCCGGUUGAUUCAACGCGUCGCGCCCAAAAGCUACAUCCAAGCCAAGAACGAAGUGGUGGUUACCCGCAAGUUCUUGGAAAACUUCUCUGGCGACCAAGUGCGCUUCCUCGCGCGCUCGUUCGGCGUGCCCGGCGACCACUUGGGUCAAAUGAGCACCGGCCACCGAUGGCCGUACGGUCCCGUGGCGCUCAUCACGCCGUUCAACUUUCCCUUUGAGAUCCCCAUCCUGCAGCUGCUCGGCGCGCUCUACAUGGGCAACCGCGUGACUCUCAAGCUCGACUCCAAGGUCGCCGUGGUCAUGUACGAAGCGCUGCGCAUGUUCCACGCGUGCGGCAUGCCGCUUACCGACGUGGACUUCAUCAACUCGGACGGCCCUGUUAUGAACGAGUUGCUGCUCAAGGGCAACCCGAAAAACACCUUGUUCACGGGGUCGUCGGUGGUGGCCGAAAAGUUGGCAACGGAAUUGAAGGGCCGCAUCAAGUUGGAAGAUGCUGGGUUCGAUUGGAAGAUUUUGGGACCCGAUGUGUCGGACGUCGACUACGUCGCGUGGGUGUCGGACCAAGACGCGUACGCGUGCUCGGGGCAAAAGUGCUCGGCGCAAUCCAUCUUGUUUUACCAUAAGAACUGGGCCAAGGCAGGAAUUGAAGACAAGCUCAAGACUCUGGCCUCGCGUCGCCAGCUGGACGACUUGACCAUCGGCCCCGUGCUCACGGUCACCACCAAGCGCAUGCUGGACCACGUCGACGACCUUCUCAAGAUCCCCGGCGCUCGGUUGGCUUUUGGCGGCAAGGAAUUGAAAAACCAUUCGAUUCCGUCGAUUUAUGGCGCGAUUGAACCCACGGCCGUGUUCGUCCCGUUGUCGGAAGCAGCCAAGCCCGAGCAUUUUGAGCUCGUGACCAAAGAGAUCUUUGGGCCGUUCCAAGUGAUCACGGAAUAUGACUCGGACGCUGACGUCGAGACGGUGUUGGGCAUGCUCGAGCGCAUGGAGGCGCACCUGACGGCAUCCGUCGUGUCGAGCGACAUCGCGUUCCAGCAGCACAUUCUGGCCAACACGGUCAACGGCACCACGUACAACGGCAUCCGCGCGCGCACGACGGGCGCCCCCCAGAACCACUGGUUCGGCCCCGCCGGCGACCCCCGCGCCGGCGCCAUCGGCACCCCCGAAGCGAUCAAACUCGUGUGGAGCUGCCACCGUGAAAUCAUCAACGACUUUGGACCCAUUGGCGCCGACUGGACCACCCCCAAGGCUACGUAAAACCAACCAGACAAACGUGCACCAGACUACCUAGUUAGUACAUGUGACUACAUAAUACUUGUCCAAUAGCCACGGGUACUACUACUAACGUUAGUACUACUAGUAGCCUCAACACACAUACAGUUUACGAGUACUAUCAUAACGUUUGUCUAGGGAUGCCCUAACUGGUACACUACUGGGAAAAGUGGAUCGAACCAACCUGAAACUCUACUGAACAGUAGUAAA